AUGCACGGGAAAGGAGAGGGAAUGGGAAUGGGGGAGGGAGUGGGAAUGGGAACGGGAAAGGAGAGGGAAUGGGAAUGGGAAUGGGAAUGGGAGGCGUGUCUCAGUGUGCCCGCCACACUGAGACACGCCGACGCCGAGAUCGAACCUAGUUCCGAGUCUUCAAAAAUAGGUGAGAAUGUGUACAGCUUUGGGGGGGUCAAGAGGUCAAGAGGACCAGUCAGGAGAGAGAGAGGGGUGUCUCAUGAGAGGAUGGAGUCGCUCAUCGUUCUCAUAGCACCGCCACUCUCCUCCUCCUCCGCCCCUUGGAAGGAGAGAAGGAGAGAAGGAGAGAAGGAGAGAAGGAGAGAAGGAGAGAAGGAGAGAAGGAGAGAAGGAGAGAAGGAGAGAAGGAGAGAAGGAGAGAAGGAGAGAAGGAGAGAAGGAGAGAAGGAGAGAAGGAGAGAAGGAGAGAAGGAGAGAAGGAGAGAAGGAGAGAAGGAGAGAAGGAGAGAAGGAGAGAAGGAAGAGGAGAGAGGAGAGGAGAGAGGAGAGAGGAGAGAGGAGAGAGGAGAGAGGAGAGAGGAGAGAGGAGAGAGGAGAGAGGAGAGAGGAGAGAGGAGAGAGGAGAGAGGAGAGAGGAGAGACGAGAGACGAGAGACGAGAGACGAGAGAGGAGAGAGGAGAGAGGAGAGAGGAGAGAGGAGAGACGAGAGACGAGAGACGAGAGACGAGAGACGAGAGACGAGAGACGAGAGACGAGAGACGAGAGACGAGAGACGAGAGACGAGAGACGAGAGACGAGAGACGAGAGAGGAGAGAGGAGAGAGGAGAGACGAGAGACGAGAGAAGGAGAACAGAGAAGGAGAGAAGUAG